CGGAGUUGCCGGGUGCGGGGCGGCUUCGGUCGCGGCUUAGAGAAGGGAGAACCUGUUGGAAGCGGCUCGCGAUGAGGAGUCGCGCUGCCGCUCGUGUUGUCUGACGGGGUGGCGGUGCCUGUUGCUGUUGUUGUGGCCGCCUGUCCUCCCUUUUCCCUGCCCCCGUGGUCGUGACUUGGAGUUGGAGUCCAGGAUGAGUUAUGCAGAAAAACCUGAUGAAAUCACAAAAGAUGAAUGGAUGGAAAAGCUUAAUAACUUACAUAUCCAGAGAGCAGACAUGAACCGCCUUAUCAUGAACUACCUUGUCACAGAGGGCUUUAAAGAAGCAGCAGAGAAAUUUCGGAUGGAGUCUGGAAUUGAACCCAGUGUGGAUUUAGAGACUCUGGAUGAAAGAAUAAAAAUCCGUGAGAUGAUCUUGAAAGGACAGAUCCAGGAAGCCAUUGCAUUGAUAAACAGCCUCCAUCCAGAGCUGCUGGAUACCAACAGAUAUCUCUACUUUCAUUUGCAGCAACAGCACUUGAUUGAACUGAUUCGGCAGCGUGAGACAGAGGCAGCUCUGGAAUUUGCUCAGACCCAAUUAGCAGAACAGGGGGAGGAGAGCAGGGAAUGCCUGACAGAAAUGGAGCGCACGCUGGCUCUGCUUGCCUUUGAUAAUCCCGAAGAAUCACCAUUUGGAGACUUGCUGAACAUGAUGCAGCGACAGAAGGUAUGGAGUGAGGUUAAUCAAGCUGUUCUAGACUAUGAAAAUCGUGAAUCAACACCCAAGUUGGCAAAAUUACUGAAACUACUACUGUGGGCUCAGAAUGAGCUGGACCAGAAGAAAGUGAAAUACCCCAAAAUGACAGACCUCAGCAAGGGGACGAUUGAAGAGCCCAAGUAAAAUGUGUGCAGAUGGACAUCAAAAAAUCUUAGUACUGCACAGUAUACAUUUAUAUCAGUCUGUGACUGAAAUAUUUUUACUACAGUACAGCACUCAAUUCAGAUUUUUCAAUGAACAUCUAAUUUGAAGGGAGAAAAGUCCCUUUUAAAUGCUGCAAAAACUGCAUUGAAAGGCGCUGUGUCUCUUUGGAAGUCUGACUUAGGCUAUGCACUAUAAUACAUUUUUAAAAAAACAAUUAAACAGGACAGGAAAAAUAGCAUUUUUAAAAGUACAGAAUUCAAGCUUUCUAAUUGGCUGCUGAUGCCUGGUUUAGUGGCCAGUGAGUUAAUAUGGAGUUAUAUUGGCAACUGUUCAGUUUAACUGUCUCCUGUUUGAAAUGUGUAUAUAGAACAGUGAAUAUUUUCUACCUUUAAGUUAUAGCCAGAUAUACAUUCCCCUUAAAAGUAACUGGUCAAGUUUUCAUCUAUAAACUUUGCAGUAAGGUCAACUUUUUGCUUAGGAAAUAGUGUACAAACUUGUAAAUCAUAAUUUAAGAAUUUCGUUUUGGGUUUUGUUUUUGUUUUUUUUUUUUUUUUUUUUUUUUUCUUCCUUGUUUCUGACUUCUUGGUGCUUUAUAUGGUGAGAGCUAUGUUCAUAAUGGAUCAGUGACCCAUCUUUUCAGGAGGAGUACUGAUGGAAAUAGGUUUUUUCUUAAUAUUCACAAAUGACCAAAAUGGCCCCAAAGGCAUUUGAAGUUUUUUUUUUUUAACAGGGGACUUUUCCUCCCUAUGUUAAAUUUGCAGCGAUUCCAGGUGGUUGCUACAGCUUUGAAGGCCACUGGAUGUCUGUAAGCUGAAAGACUUGUGUUAGGAAAUCAAGUGGUGGGGAGAGAUGCUUGUUGAAGCCUCUGAUGUACCAUCUUGUGCAGGAUCUGCCUUCAUGCUUGCUGAAUAAGAAUUGUAGUUUUAAAGCUACUUGGGCUGUUUUUAUGCCUUGAGCUAAGCAAAGCAGGGCUGUCUAAAACCAGAAAUUUGCAUUUUCUCACUUCUUCCAUACCUUUCUGAAGGGAUGCAGUUCAUCCUCAUCUGUAUUUGUUUACUGACUGUCCUCACUCCAGUUAGAACGAUAGUUUUAAUGUGAAGUCCAGACUUUCAAGUCAACAAAUUGUAAUCUUCUGGGUAUGGGAUGUUCUGGUUGUGUGAUUGCAGCACUGCACACUGGUUUAUACCCAGUGAUAGGAUGCACUAAUCUUGCCAAAUCUAUCUCUAGAUUUUUAGGUCUGUAGAUCAAGUUUUGCCAGAGCAAGCUGAUGAGUGAAAGAGUUUAACAUCAUGAGACACUGGUAGUUGUCACAGCAAUCCCAUACUGUACAUAAUCUAGUCUUGUAUGGUAGGUUUUACCCUGUAGAAUGAAACUUAGUUUUCACUUAAUUUUACUGGAAUACUUAACGCAUUAAACUGUAUAAAGCUUUGCAGAUACACCUGGCUUUGGGGAACUAACAAAACCUGUUACUGAUUGCAUUACUGUGAACACUGUUUACUUGUGUAGCUAUUUUUGGGGUGGAAGCCAUUGUUAAGCAGCUGUGAGAGAUGCAGAGCGCCAAGGUUAAGCGAGAGAUGAUGGAUGUAACAAAAUCGUUUGUUCCCAUUUCUUACUGAUCGUUCUGUUCUCCACUUCGAGGCAUUUGUGGUAGGGAGGGCUUCAAGUUUAUAUAUAACAAACAAUCAGUAGCCCCCCAGCUACAGCAGCAGUCUGGCUUUCCUUCACCCAGGCUGGUUAUUCUAACACCAAACUUUUAACAGUUGUGGGUUUGGUUGUUUUGGGGUUUUUUAAUUUUUUUUUCUUUUUGAAGUCGGUUGAUGUCUAAAAACCAUGUAUAACUUUUAGUUUGUGAGAAACUGUAUGGUAAAUGUAACUGUUUAAUAACAAACUGCAGAAACAAAACUGGAAUAGCUCUAAUUUCUUCAUGUAGAACUGAUCGGCUUUUUCUCUCUGUUCUGACACUUGUGUUGUUGAAUCUCCUGUAAAGCUUCUCCCAGGUGAAGUGGAAAGUGGUGCGGUUUUGUGGCAUGAUGAGCAUUUUUCUCCAUGAGAAAUGCAGUAUUACAACCCUGGGUGAGAAGUUCUCUGUCCUCCUAGAACGCUACCUUAAUUCCAUAGAGUAUUUGGGCAAUGAUUGAGCAUAGAUUACUUGAAUUUCCACUAGGUUAUUGUUUUCCAUUAAAAAAUGAACACGUUUUUUAAGGGGUUUAAUAUAAAGUUAGUCUAGAACUAUUUCACUUUGUUUUUAUGAACAUGCCACAUUGAUAAGCAGCUUUAAUCUGUAAAGUUUUUGGUAACUGCAAGAAGAUACUCGAAAGCUAUGCAUUUUAGAGAAAGCAUAAAGGUAGUGAUAUUGGUACUUCUAAGGAUCUUUAUAUUAGUGUAUAUAAAAUAGUUUGCAUAUACAAAUAUAAUAUAUAAUCUGUUUGAAAUAUUCUUGAAUGGUAGGGGCUGUGAAACAUAUUAUAAUUUAUGGAAAUAUUGUACACAGUAAACAGAUGUCUCAGUACACAAAAUAAUUUUUGUCAUAUGCAUGAAAAGUGUCUUAUUUGGUGACUACUAAUGAAUGGGCUUUUGUUAACCCAUUUUUGUUAGAUAACCACUUUAACAAAUACUAUUAAAUGCCACUUUGACCAGUUUGCUUUAGUGUAAAAAUACAUAUUUUGUUCCACUGAAUUUAGAACAAUAUGAAAAUAAUUUUUGUAAGAAGAUUUGUUCCAAACCCAACGUUGGCAGACAGGUCUGAUCAUUAGAGGUGGUGCACUCAUCCUCCCCCAGCCUUGCCUUUGGUGAAAGCAAAUAAAAUUUUUUCAUUCAUGCUA